AUGCCUCCUAGAUGCUCCUCCGGCCCGGGGAUACUUCUCCCGUUCCUGUAUCCCUCGCUCUUCCGCUCGACCAGCCGCAUCGCCCGAGCCGGUAUCACGACCCUCCACUCUUCUUCAUCCCCCGGCGCCGACUCCAGUGACGACACUGGCGAGUCCCCAUCAUCGUUAGGCUCCAGCGCGGAACUGCCCAAAUCUCGCCUUAACCCGGCCCCUGACGACUAUGCCAUCUCGUCCUUCGCCGAUAAGGCAAAGGUCACCAUCCACGCCGGCGGCGGCGGCCACGGCUGUAUCUCCUUCCUGCGCGAAGCCUUCCUAGACAACGGACCCGCGAACGGCGGCGACGGCGGCCAUGGCGGCAACGUGUACAUCCAGGCCGUCCACGGCGAGACGUCGCUGCACAAGCUGGCCCGGCAGCGCAUCAUCCGCGCCGGCCGCGGCAAGACGGGCCAGGGCAGCAGUCGCGCCGGGCAGCGCGGCGACGACUACGUGAUCCAGGUGCCCGUGGGCACCGUCAUCCGGGAGAUCAGCCGUGUCGAUCCCAUGGUCGAGGAGCACAUGGCCUGGCGGGCGGCACGCGAGAAGGAGCGUGAGUUCAACCGCAUGUUCCGCGAGGCCCAGCUGGCUGCCACAGCCGACGGUCUGGACCCCGACGAGGCGACCGCCAGCAUGGAGCCCCCCGAGAACCCCAACAUAGACAAGUUCGUCCUAUACCCGGGAAUAUCACACAUGGAGCGCCGGACCCUGACGCUGCCACGGCUGCCGAGGAGGGAGAGGCUCUACCACCAGCCCUCGGGUCCCAUACACCUCGACCUCUCGAGCCCGACCCCGCGGCCCGUCCUCCUCGCGGCUGGCGGCAUUGGCGGGCUGGGUAACCCGCACUUCGUGUCGAAAGACCGGCCGCGCCCGCUCUUCGCCACCCGCGGCGAGAAGGCCGUCUCCAUGCAGCUGGAGCUCGAGCUGAAGCUCCUCGCCGACGUGGGGCUGGUCGGCCUCCCCAACGCCGGGAAGUCGACGCUCUUGCGUGCGCUGACGAACUCGCGCGCCCGCGUCGGCAACUGGGCCUUCACGACGCUGCAGCCCAACAUCGGCACCGUCGUCCUCGACAACCACAAAGGCCGCCGCGUGUACGCGCCGCCCAGGGCCCAGCGCCCGGCCCCGCACGCCGUCAUCAACGACGCGCGCUACGGCAAUGUCGUCAUCGCGCAGCCGGAGCAGAUCGGGGCCGGCCCGCCGCCGCGCACGCGGUUCACCGUCGCCGACAUCCCGGGCCUGAUCGAGGGCGCGCACCUGGACCGCGGGCUGGGCAUGGAGUUCCUGCGCCACGUGGAGCGGGCGGGCGUGCUGGCGUUCGUGGUCGACCUGGGCAAGGGCGACGCGGUGGCGGCGCUGAAGGCGCUGUGGCGUGAGGUCGGCCUGUACGCGCGCAUGCGGGAGGAGGAGCGCAAGGAGCGCGAGGUCGGCGGGCGCAUCGACUGGGAGGGCGACGCCGGCCUGAACCAGCCCUCGAGCAGCUUCGGGCCCGGCCAGAUGAUGGUUGCUGAUUUUCCGGACGUGCCCGAUGCGGACGAGGGCGGGCUGCACAUCGCGGCCAAGCCGUGGUUCGUGGUGGCGACCAAGGGCGACCUGCCCGGGACCGAGGACAACUUUGCCCGGCUCAAGGCGUACCUGAACGCCGUGACGGACGGCCAGGAGGAGCACCCCAGUGGCGUUGAGGGCGCGUGGACGCUCGACUGCGCCGCCAUUCCCGUCAGUGCGAUCAACGGGCACGGCGUCGACAGAAUUGUGAACUGGACGGUUGGUCUGUUGGAUGAGUAG